AUGGAAAUAACCCUUUCAUUCCAUCUGAACCUCUUUCCCCUUUCCCUCUUUCUCUCUUCAAUUCCGAAUGUGUGCUCCUCUCAGAAAUUAGGGUUUUUUCUUUCCCUCAUUCCUCUUCAAAACCUCACAACCAAAACUAAAGAUGUUAUAUUCCCUAAAAUUUGCCCAACUCUCGACAUCUUCUUUGGAUGGGUAAGUUUCUACACUUUUAGUUUCAGAUUUUUGGCGAUUUCUCCCUUACGUUGCUAUGUAUCUAUAUCAUAUUUAUAUAUAUAUACUGACUCCGUAGCCUCCACCACUUCGACAACGGCGACAACGGAACCCCCGGAAGAGGCCGAAGAGACACCGCAGACAAAGCUUGAGUCCGAGAAGCCUGCUCCGGUUUCUUCCAGGCCACUAACACCACCAUCAUUUGGACCGGCUUACAGCAAUUUCCAAGUUGACUCUUUUAAAUUGAUGGAGCUUCUUGGACCAGAGAAGGUUGAUACUGCAGAUGUAAAGCUCAUUAAGGACAAGCUCUUCGGGUAUUCUACAUUCUGGGUGACCAAAGAAGAGCCUUUUGGAGACCUUGAUGAGGGUGUUCUUUUUGUUGGGAAUUUAAGGGGGAACAGAGAAGAAGUGUUUGCCAAACUCUAA